CGUUUUUCUUCUGUCUGUGACUUCUCACACACCUCAAUCAUAUUUUCAUAAUAUUUAUAUAUAUAUUUUUUUUCUAUAGAUUUCUUAGAAAAGUUCAUUGUUGCUCAUCAAGGGGGCUGCAUCAGAGGAUUUGAAAGGGUCAUAUCAGAAGAAACUAUCAUAUUUUGAUCUGUUUCGCAGUUUCUGGAGGAAUUGCAGGUGAUUUGAGUCAGACAGUAGAGCUUUCCCCUUUGAAACUGAUGAUAGAUCAUACAUGAACGUUGACAGAGAUGAUCCUGAAGCACGGGUACACUUCAAUUUACAUCACACAAGGUACUAGAUAGAGUGAAGUAACAGAGAGAAAGAAAAUUCUGUUACAAACAAAAAACAAUCGAUGGCGACGUAUUUUCAUACAAAUUCAGAAAUCCAAGGUGGUGCUGACGGCCUUCAAACGUUGUUACUCAUGAACCCCGGUGGCUACGUCCAGUACUCCGACACACCGCCGCCACCACCACCGCCACAGCAACACGGCGGAAACUACAUGUUCCUCAACUCUGCCGCCGCCGCCAAUAGCUCUUUUGUCCAGCAGGGGACCUCUCACGCGCCACAGCAAUUUGUGGGAGUCCCGCUGUCGGCGGCCUCGGUAGAACCGCCGGUGCAGGCCCACCACGAAGUCUCCGCCCUGCAUGGCUUCCCUCACCGCAUGCAGUACAAUCCUUGGAACGGGGCAGACCAGAACGCGGCGGCGCGUGAGGCUUCACGCGCCUCUCAGGGCUUGUCCUUGAGCCUGCAGUCUCAGGCUCCGGACGCUGACGCGCGUGUGUCAGGUGGCGGCUCGUCGUCCACUGCUUCCGGUGUCACUAACGGCGGCGUGUCGGGGAUUCAGAGCGUGCUGUUUGGUUCCAAGUUUUUGAAGGCCACACAUGAACUGUUAGAGGAAGUUGUUAAUGUUAACGGCGGAAUUAAGGUUGACUCGGCGAAGAAGAAGGUUGUUGGAGAAUCGUCAACUGCAGGUAGUGGAGAUGGUUCAGUUGGUGGAGAUCAGGGCAGUCUGAAGCGUAGCUCUGAGUUGUUAUCAACCACAGAGAGACAAGAAAUUCAGAUGAAGAAGGCAAAGCUAAUCAACAUGCAUGAUGAGGUGGAGCAGAGGUACAGACAAUACCACAACCAGAUGCAGGUUGUGAUUUCCAUGUUUGAACAAGUUGCGGGGAUGGGUUCCGCGAGAACCUACACUGCUCUUGCACUGCAAACAAUCUCGAAGCAGUUUCGAUGCUUGAAAGAUGCUAUCACAGGUCAAAUUAGAGCUGCAAAUAAAAGCUUAGGAGAAGAAGAUUGCUUUGGAGGUAAAAUUGAAGGGUCUAGGCUCAAGUAUGUGGAUCAUCACCUUCGGCAACAGAGAGCUAUUCAACAGUUAGGAAUGAUGAAUCACAACGCUUGGAGACCCCAGAGAGGAUUGCCAGAACGAUCAGUUUCCGUCCUCCGAGCUUGGCUUUUCGAACACUUCCUCCACCCUUAUCCCAAGGAUUCAGACAAGCACAUGCUUGCAAAACAAACUGGGCUUACCAGGAGCCAGGUUUCAAAUUGGUUCAUAAACGCUCGAGUUCGGCUAUGGAAGCCUAUGGUGGAAGAAAUGUACGUAGAAGAGAUGAAGGAGAAUGAACGGAAUGAGCCAGAGGACAAAACAAGCAAGAGCGGUGAAGAGUCCCCUGCAAUGAAAAUACAAGAGAGAGGUCCUGCAUCUGAAACUGAAUCUAAAAGUUUCAAUUCAAACCAAGAUGUUGCUAAAAACCAAAACACUCCUAUAGUUUCAGUGUCAACACCAUCAACAUCACCUGUUGGGGGAAAUGUGAGAAACCAAUCAGCAUUUAGUUUCAUGCAAGAACUUGAUGGACUUACACAAGGAAGUCCCAAGAGAACAAGGAACCAUGAAAUUCUUAUGUCUCCAAAUCGUGUCUCUUCAAUCAACAUGGAUAUCAAAAGCAACGAGACAAACAAUGAAGCACUCUCAAGAGAUGGGUACUCAUUUAUAGGAAACCAAACAAACUUCAUAGGAGGGUUCGGACAGUACCCAAUGGAAGAAAUUGGGAGGUUUGAUGCAGAGCAAUUCACACCAAGGUUUUCAGGUAAUGGAGUUUCCCUCACUCUUGGUCUUCCUCAUUGUGAAACCAUAUCAGGAACUCAUCAUCAAACGUUUAUCCCAAACCAAAACAUUCCUAUAGGAAGACGAUUGGACAUUAGUGAACCAAACGAGUUUGGUGCCAUGAACACUUCAAAUUCUCACUCUUCAGCUGCAUUUGAGAGUAUCAACAUGCAGAACCCAAAGAGGUUUGCUGCACAAUUGUUGCCAGAUUUUGUGGCCUAAAUAAGACAUUGAAAGGAGAUAGCUAGAUUGAAGCUAUCAUACUAGCACUGUUUCUAUGCCUCUCUUGAUUUCUUCUUAUCCCUGUACAUGCUAUGGGGAUUAGUGAAAUAUAGUAGUGUAAAGAAAGAAGGAAUUUUACUCUAGUAUAGGUUUAUACCUUGCAUAGAACCAUUUGAGUUCUUAGAUAGCUUAGGUAUUUGAGAGUAAAUGGUUGAGGUUGUAUAUUAUUUUUGUAAGUUUUGAAGAUUGGAUAGAUGGGUUGGUGUCAUAAAGUUUCAAUUGUUAAAGAAAACAAUAUAUCUUCGAUUGAGAGAGUAAAUUCUAUGUAAUAUUUUGCAAA